GUGAUCCAGGAACUAAAAAGUGGCUGAACCAGUUCUCUUCACAGUAUAAGAGAGUGUACGGUGAGCGUGGCUGACGUGUUAGACAGGAAACAUGGCAGACGCACCAGCUGAAGAAGCAGCUCCUCUCUCCAAGCAGCAUGUGUGCGGCGCGUGUUCGGCCGCGCUGAGCGGGGACGAUCCGGCAGCCUGUGGACACUCUGUUUGUGGUUCCUGCCUGCAGGAUAAAGGAUGUCCUGAGUGUCUGCCAAGCCCUGAUGUGCCUGAUCCUGCUGGUGGAACCCAGGAUGAAGCUCCUGUGACCAACUCCAAAGAGCUGGAAAGAGUUGACGGAAAGGCGGCAGAGGAAGUCGAAACUCAAGAUCUGAAGGAGUCUGAGGGCACAGAGAAGACUGAUGAGGACAAGGAAGAGGCAGACCUGGCAAAAAAUGGAGCCAAGCAGGAGGUGAAAGAGAAGCCUUUGGGCCCUGAUGACGUGGUGUGUGACUCUUGCAUUGAGAACCCCUGCAGGGCCCUCAAGUCCUGUCUUACCUGCCUGGUGUCCUACUGCGAGGCCCAUCUCCGACCUCACCUGGAGAACCCCAAGUUUCAGAACCACCGGCUGGUGGAACCCCUCCGAGACAUAGAGAGACGCACGUGUGAGAACCACAAGUGGCCACUGGAGCUUUUCUGCCGCGCUGACGCCUGCUGCAUCUGUCAGGACUGUGUGACCGAGGACCACAAAGGCCACAACACGGUGCCCGUGGCGGACGCCCGCAGGGACAUCGAGAAAGAAUUGAAGGAGAAGCAGACUGAGAUGGUGAAGACGGUGACGGCAGCGGAGAAUGCCAUUAACAAACUCCAACUCAACACAGUCUCCAUCAAGAAUUCUGUGACUGAGGUGCGAGCAGUAAUCGCGAGCCAGUUUGAGAACCUUCAGGCAGAGGUGGAGCGGGCCAAGCGGGAGGUGACCGAGAUCCUAGAGGCGGAGGAGAAGCAGGCGCUGAGUCAGGCCAAAGGUAUACGGGCUCACCUGGAGCAGAGGUGCACAGAGCUGAAGAAGACUCAGGCGCAGGUGGAGAAGCUCUCCAGAAACAAGAAUAAUGUGGAUUUCCUCCAGGAGUAUGCAGAAUGGAAGAAACAAGUCGCUGACGUUUCUCUGCCUGGCGUUUACAUCGGCCUCAUGGACCGCCUGCACUCCUUCAGCCGUGUGAUCGUUGACUCCACGCAGGAGCUGUGCACCAUGCUAGUAUCUUCCUACGUGGAAAGGGUUAAAGAGACGUGCAAAAACAACAAGAUGGGAAUAAAGACCACUGUCCAGCAGAUUGUGGCAACCAAGCAGAACAUGACUUUACCGGAUCCAGUGACACGUUCUGACUUCCUCAAGUAUGCCACCAGUGUCAGUUUUGACCCCAACACAACCCACAAGUUCCUGCAUCUGAAAGAGGAAAACAGGAAGGUGACUAAUACCACGCCCUGGCAGCAUCCUUAUCCUGACAUUCCUGAGAGGUUUGAAAACUGGCGCCAGGUCCUGGCAACACAGAGCUUCUAUCUGGGGCGGCACUACUUCGAGGCCGAUAUAAGCGGGGAGGGCACGCACAUCGGCCUGACCUACAAGUGCAUCGACCGCAAAGGCAGCAACAGCAACAGCUGCAUCACUGGAAACAACUUUUCCUGGUGUCUCCAGUGGAAUGGCCGCACCUUCUCUGCUUGGCAUAGUGACGUGGAAAUCCCGCUCAGCGUGGCAAAGUUCGCACGUAUCGGAGUCUAUGUGGACUACACACGCGGCCUCCUGGCGUUCUACGGCGUGGACGAUCCCAUGACCCUCAUCCACCAGUACGAGGCAGAGUUCCUGGAGCCUCUCUACCCAGCAUUUUGGCUGUCAAAGAAGGAGAAUGUAGUGGCUUUGGUGGCACCGGGGGAUCCGUUGCCACUUAAAAGACCGUCUCCUCCCACCUCUCCACCACACGGAGCUGUGGCUCCAACACUGCGGCAGCAGAGCGAAGAGCAGAAAUAAACUUUGCCUCGAUUGUUUACGGCACCGCACCAGCGGUUUUUCCAUUAUAAGCCAAAUGUAUUCAGUUUUAUGGACAUUAUGUUACUGAGAACCAUUUUCCAAAGCACAAAAGUGGAACAGUGAAUUUAAAAAAAAUGGGUCUGUGUUUUACCUACUAGAUGGACAGACCCUCCAGACAUUUGCGAUGUAAGGAUUUCAACAAAGAAUUCAACCAGUUCUCGACACAGAUGGAUGGUUCUACAUACAGUGGCUUGCAGAAGUAUUCAGCCCCUUCGUAUUUCAUGCAUUUUAAUUUGUUUCUGGCAUUUCAAAUACAAAAAGUAAAUCAGGCUUCUCAAUAUAAAAAAUUCUAAAAUGAUUUU